AUGUCGUUCCUAUUCGGACGCCGCCCGCGGACAAAUACAGUUGAUCUGCCAAAGCAGGCGAAAGAACAGAUAUCGAAGCUUGAUGGACCCGGCGCAGCUGCAAAGGCCGAAGAGCUGGCUAAGACACUGGGCCAAAUGAAGUUUGUCCUACAAGGAACGCAAGAGACCGAAAGUAGCCCCGAGCAAAUUUAUUCCCUGGUAACGGGAAUGAUCCAGGAGGACUUACUCUACCUACUCGCCUUGAACCUCUAUCGUCUCCCAUUCGAGUCAAGAAAGGACGCACAAGUUAUAUUCUCCUACGUGUUACGAUUUCGACCGCCAUCCGCAUCGCCCAAAAGCGAACCAAUGGCCUUGAGCUAUGUUAUCAACAACAGACCGGAGGUUCUUGUGGAACUGUGCAAUGGCUACAAUCACACAGAAAGUGCCGCACCGGCUGGAACCGUUCUUCGAGAGGUUUUGAAAAGCGAUGCUGCUACAGCAAUUAUUCUAUACCACGACCCAUCCGAGGGAAGCCCAGGCGCCAAGGGUUUAACGGGAAUACAGCCAGAGGCGAGGCAGAGUGGAAGGGGCGUGUUUUGGAAGUUCUUUGAUUGGAUCGACAGGGGCUCUUUUGAUUUGAGCGCGGAUGCCUUCAAUACCUUCAGGGAUCUCUUGACCAAACACAAGACAAUCGUCGCCCAGUACCUAUCCACGAACUUUGACCUUUUCUUCAACAAAUACAACACCAUGCUCGUCCAAUCGCAGAAUUAUGUCACAAAGAGACAGUCGAUCAAGUUACUCGGGGAGAUAUUGUUGGACAGGGCGAAUUAUGCAGUGAUGACUGCGUAUGUUGACCGAGGCGAGCACCUAAAGAUAUGCAUGAAUCUCCUGCGUGAUCCCAGGAAGAUGGUUCAAUACGAAGGCUUUCACGUAUUCAAAGUAUUUGUUGCGAACCCGCACAAAUCAAUUGCAGUACAGAAAAUACUGCUCAUCAACCGAGACAAACUGUUGGAAUUCUUGAGACACUUUUUGGAAGACCGGACGGAGGAUGAGCAAUUCAUUGAUGAGAGGGAGUUCUUGAUCAAGCAGAUCAGGAAUAUGCCCCCGACACCGGUCGAACCGGCCCAGAAGCCGGCCCUUCUAGGAUCUCAGGCGCGUUAG